AUGGGUGCUACGCAUGGAAAAGAUCGGCCUUUUAAGUUUCUAGAUAGCCAUAGUUUAUCAUCUAAAUGUAGUAACAAUCAAAGUACAAAUGAUGAUGAAACAGCCGAUCGUGCAUUUAUCGUUGUUUGGUGUGAUGCAACAAUUGGUGCGAGUUCCAAUGAUGAUGUAAAUACUUUAAUACAACUUGCACGUAUUGUAAAUAGAAAACGACAACUUAUUCAUACAUUUAGUGAAAUAAAUGCCUGUAAAGAUUUUAUAACACAUGCUAAUAAUAUAUGUCUUAUUGUAUCUGGUCAAAUGGGUACAGAUCUUAUACCAUUAGUUCAUAAUCUUAAACAAAUUCAUUCAAUAUAUAUAUUCUGUUUUAAUAAAGCAAAAUAUGAUCCAUUAGUAAAACAAUAUGAAAAAGUUCGUGGAUCAUAUACAGAAAUCAGUGAAAUAUGUGAUUAUUUAAAAAAAUAUUUUAUUUCACAAUCAACAACAUCUGAUUAUGAACAAUUACAAUUAGAUGUUUUAAAAUCUAAUUUAACAUUACCAACAGUUGAUCAACAAGAAGUUGUAUUUCUUUAUCCAAUAUUAAGUAAAAUGAUUUUAUGUAAUAUGAAUUUAAUUAAAAAAGAUGAUAUGAUAAAUUAUUGUCGAACAGAAUAUACAAGUGAUUAUCAAAAACAAUUAAUAGAUGAAUUUGAAAAGACAUAUUCACAACAUGAUCCAAUAUGGUGGUUUACACGUGAUAAUUUCUUUCAAAAAAUUAUUAAUCGAGCAUUACAAAUACAUGAUUAUUUUACAUUAUGUAUGAUGAGUCCAUUCAUACAAGAUCUUAUUAAACAACUUGCACAAUUACAUGGACAACAAAUAAAUCCAUCAAUGAAAAACUUUGAUCUUCAUUCAUGUCAAUCAAUAUCAACAGAAGAUUUUGAAAAAAUUAAAUUUAAUCAAGGUGGAUAUAUGUGUAUAAAUCAAUUUUUAUUUGCAAAUUCUGAACAAGCUAUACCAAUGUUGUUUCUUCAACAUCAAACAACUUCAUCAAUAAAUACAAAAAAUCUUGAUAUACUUUUUCGAAUCUCCAUAUCCGAAACAAAUCAGGCAAAUGUUUCAUAUGCUAAUAUUGGUGUUAAAUGUCAAUUUGUUCAUGAAAAAGAAUAUCUAUUAUCAAUGUCAAGUAUAUUUCGUAUAGAAAAAGUUGAACCACUUGUAGAAAUUCCAUCAGCAUGGUUUGUUCAUUUAAUAUUAGUUGAUAAAAAUGAUGCUGAAAUAACUAAACUUACAAAAUCUAUUAAUAUAGAUCAAUUAGUAGAAAAAAAUAAUUUAUCGGAAUUAGGCUCAACUGUAACUAAUAAAUUAUAUCAAUUUAAAUCAACAAGAAAAUUAUUUGAACAAGUAUUAAAUUUUAAAACAAAACAAGUUCGAUCAAGUCUUUUACAUUAUAAUAUGGGUGUUAUAUAUGAUUGUUUAAGUGAAUAUGAAAAAGCAGUAAACUCAUAUAAAUAUGCAAUAGAUUUAACUCGACAAAAUCUAGUUAAUGGUUUUCAAAAAGAUGAUUUAUGUCUUGUACCAUUAUAUUCAAAUAUGGGAUUAAGUUAUCAACGAUUAAAUAGAUUUACGCAUGCAUUUGAUCAUGCAUUUCGUGCAUUAAAUAUACUAUCAAAAGAUCAAGACAGUUCAUUCUUCAAAAAAGAAUUAUUUGCUUCAACUUAUUUUAAUCUUGGUUUAAUACAUGAUUUAGAAAAAAAAUCUUCCGAAGCAAAAACUUAUUAUGAUCAAGCAUUAAAAAGUCGAUGUGAAUAUCUAUCAAAAGAUCAUCCAGAUGUAAUUAGUUUACAAAAUACUCUUCAAUCAUUAGCUUCACAAUAA